ACUAUUCCUAUCCCUAGUGUUCAUGUAAUUUUUGACAGCUAACUUGACAUUGACAUCUGAGGCCAUCGAAAAAUCCAUUUUCUUUCAUUCCAAAUUCGAAAUAUUUCGAUUGGUUUGUGUCUUUCCAUUGUUUCAAUAAAAUUAACGAAAUGGCCGGUGCAGUCGCUAAAGUGCCGUCUUUAAUCAACACGGCUCUCGCUAACGCCAGGCCGAAAUUCAACAUCUUCAUGAAAUACGCCAAAGUGGAGAUGGCCCCACCUAAGCUGAGUGAAAUUCCUCAGAUCAGGGCAGGUAUUGGCAAGUUGUUGUCAAGUGCCAAGUCUGGAGCAUGGAAGGACCAGACAGUGAAGCAGGCCACGUUAAAUGUGCUUGUCGGAGCUGAAGUUCUUUUCUGGUUCUACAUUGGAGAAUGCAUCGGCAAACGCCACCUUGUUGGCUACAAAGUUUAAAUUAUUUUUAAGUGCAAAUCUGUAGAUAUUAUGUUCCAUGUAAUAAAUUAACAUCAAGGUA